ACUCUGUCUGUGAGGAAUCUCUGUCGACACGUUUCAGGUCUUUCGGCGGAGUUUCAGAAGCGGGGGGUGAUCUAUCUUCCGUGUUGUUAUCGGGAAUUGUGUCUCAUGUUCAAGGAACAGUUGCCUUGGAGGAGACCAGCGGGAUCAGAUCCAGUCGAGGACUGAGGCGGGGAGGCCAACAGCUCGACGUAGCUGCCUCCAUAAUGUCGUUUAGUGUCGAUGGGUUGGAGUUUUGCUGUUUUUCCCUCCUUUUUAAAGUUUGGUUCAGUCUCUGAAAACCGACACCUCUCACUCACAUCCUCACCUCCUCACCUCCACUGACCGUCCAUUGUUCGUUCAGGAAAACCAGAGAAACCGGAACGCUGUUGUCAGAUGUGGACUUUGGGUCAGUGCAGUCACUGAUCGAGACUUUGAGAAGGGUCGAAGCUGAAGUAACUGCGGCAUCAUUUAAGGUGGAGCGGGACAGUUCGAGCAAGAAGCUGACUUCAGCCUCAUGGAGAAGGGUGACUGAUUUCACAGCGUGUUCUCAAAGCCAGUCAGCCAAUUUGAGUUGUGUUCGAUUUCCCCGCUCCACCUUAAGUGCUACAGCAACUACGUUCUGGAACCCACAGGCGCGGACCGCAGCUGCUGUACGAUUUAAGGUGGAACGCGGAAUUCGAAUAAUAAGAUGGAGAAGCAGCUUCUUAAGCAGUGAAACAUCAGUGCAGAGAGGCCAGAUUUACCUGACAUCCCUGGGCUUCAUGUGAAUCUGGCAGCUAAAUUUAGUGUAACUGCGACGAAAACGACUCUUGUAAUCGUGAUUUGCUCUCAGGGUUGGGUUAUAGGCAAAGGUCUGUGGUUUCUAAAUGCCUCACAUUACGUACUGCUGAGUCAGAUGUGUUCUGAUUACUUUAUUGAUUUCAAUUAGGGCUGUUCCACGUGCAGAAGCAUAGAAGCAGCCUCUAAAAGAAAGUGUGCUUUCCUUAGAAGAAUCCUCUGAAUUCUGUAAAAGCUCCAGGCUGUUCAGACACAAGCUGGACAUCUGAUGGGUUGCCGCCUUAGUUUGAUGUGGCUGUUUCCUAUGGUGGGUGAUUUACUACCACAGGAAAGGGAAAUCUAGCUGACACCGGUCGGGUCAUUUCUCUGACCCUGAGCCUUUCCUUGGCAAUGCACUCUGAAGAGUGCGAGGGACUCGGGCAGAAUGUCACGUUCUUCUACGCUCAGAGUAAGAAGAACAUCAGUGCGCAGUGGAAGUCAAUUGACUUUGUGGUGGUUGGACUUGGAGUGCCUGUCUGCAUCUUGAUCAUCCUCGCCAACCUGAUGGUCAUGGUGGCCAUCAUCUGGAACCGCCGCUUCCACUUCCCCAUCUACUACUUGCUGGGGAACAUGGCAGCAGCUGACCUCUUUGCGGGCAUCUCCUACCUCAAUCUCAUAUUUCACACCGGCCCUUGGACCAUCGGGCUGUCCAAACAGCAGUGGUUAGUCCGCGGAGCCCUGAUAGAGAUGAGUUUGACGGCCUCGGUGGUCAACCUGCUGGCCGUGGCUUUAGAGCGCCAUCAGACUAUCUUCACCAUGCAGCUGCACAGCACCAUGUCCAACCGCCGUGUGGUGCUGCUCAUUGUGGCUAUCUGGGCACUGGCUAUCAUCAUGGGCCUGGUGCCCACCAUGGGCUGGAACUGUGUGUGUCAGCUGGACCAGUGCUCCACCGUGGCCCCACUUUACUCCCGGAGCUUCCUGGUGUUCUGGGCCUUGCUCAACCUCCUCACUUUCUCUAUCAUGGUGGCCAUCUACACGCGAAUUUUUGUCUACGUUCGGCGGAAGAGCCAGAACAUGGCCCUGAGCUCUAUUCCGGUCACAGAUGGCGACACCCUUGUGGGCCUGAUGAAGACGGUCUCCAUGAUUCUGGGUGCCUUUGUGAUCUGCUGGACUCCGGGUUUGGUCAUCCUUUUGCUGGACGGGCUGCAGUGUACGGAAUGCCAGGUUCUGAAAUACGAGAAAUACUGCCUGGUCGUGGCCGAGUGCAACUCCCUGGUGAACCCCAUCAUCUACUCGUGCCGGGAUAAGGACAUGAGGACUACAUUCAAGCGCAUUCUGUGCUUCCUCUGCAGGCGAGGGAGGGAGCAGGAGGAUGACCCUUCCACUGUCCAGUGUGACACUCUGAAAAGAGAGUGUUUGCUGACAGACAAAUGUUCAGACAAGUACAACAACGCUCUGUAAAGGUUCCUUGUCUUAGCAAGGACUCAAAGUACUGGCCCUUACGAAACUAAUGAAAUCAUCAUCGUUUAGUCUUGGGCACAUGCGACUUUGAACAUGUGAGCUGAACAUGUUCUCACUACUUCUGUUUUAUGGAUGUAAGACGAGUAUGAAAUGUUGGCUAACUUCUUUUUUUAAAAAAAGGGAAAUGUACCAAUAGACACAUUUAACCCUUUAACAUGAGUCUUAGUCUUUUACAGUCCUACUGUAAGUGUCUUUAGUCUCAGUAAUUGUGAACUCUCUGGUCGUUGGAUUGAGGAAACAUCGAAAAAGCAUUUUUGAACACUUUUUUCAGUGGUGUGUUUUUUUUUUAUUUAUUUUUCACUGGCAUUUUAGAGAGCUGGCUGAACCAUUUUGCUGUGUGUUAGUGGCAAGAGUGUUGGUGCUUUGUCUUCAUAGUUGGCAUAACGUAUCGCACUGGUAUACCAAUGUGGUUUUGCACCAGUUUCAUUUGAAUGGCUGUAUAACUGAUGUGUGUUUGCAGAACAGUGUAUGGAUUCUGACAAAUGUUGCAUGGCAAAAUAUACGAUUUAAACAAACCA